CUCCCCCGACAGGAGAAGUGCGCUCAGUACUGGCCCACAGCGGAGGAGAGGGAGAUGGCCUUCAGAGACACACGCUUCCUGGUCACGCUGCUGUCGGAGGACAUCAAGUCCUACUACACCACCCGAGUGUUGGAGCUGCAGAAUAUCAGUACGGGGGAGAAGAGAGAGAUCUACCACUUUCACUACACCACGUGGCCAGAUUUUGGUGUUCCCGACUCCCCGGCGUCUUUCUUAAACUUCCUCUUCAAGGUGAGGGAGUCGGGAGCGUUGGGGCGGGACCACGGACCGGCUGUGGUGCACUGCAGCGCUGGAAUCGGACGCUCCGGGACAUUUUCAUUGGUUGACACGUGUGUGGUCCUCAUGGACAAGAGGAAAGACCCCUCGUCAGUGGACAUCAAAAGCACCUUGUUGGACAUGAGGAAGCACCGCAUGGGCCUGAUCCAGACCCCGGACCAGCUGCGCUUCUCCUUCAUGGCGGUGCUCGAAGGGUCCAAGUGCAUCAAGGGAGAUUCCUCUGUACAGAACCGCUGGCGGGAGUUGUCCAGGGAAGAUCAGGAGCCGAUAUUAGAGUCUCCGCCCUCGACUCAGCUGCAGGCCCGGUGUCCGACGGAGCGAUGCAACGGCAGCCAGCGGGGGGGUCAGCAGGAGGAGGGAGGGGACUACAGACAGGACGACAGAGCACCAGCACCAUCUCCAUGCAAGGAGCAGGAGCAGGAUGGCGGCACCACACACAAGCGACACAGAGAAGACAGCAUCUCCAAAUCAGGCACAGCCAAGACAACCCAAAGCAAGCCCAGGACAAACGACUCAGAGAAGAAGAGGAAAAGGUGAUUAUUAUAUUUGGCUGAGACCAUAUAGUAUUAUUCAUACACCAAGCGUCAAGUUG